AUGGCGGAGGCAAUGGCGACGGUGGCGAAGGAGGCGCCGGUGACGGCCGAGCGGCCCGUCCCCGCAGACCUGGAGUCCCGCAUCUCAAAGCCCUACUUGGCUCGAGCUCUGGCUGCGGUCGAUGCGAACAAUCCUGAAGGGACCGUGGAGGGGCACGAGCACGGGCAGAAGACCGUGCUGCAGCAGCAUGCGUCCUUCUUCGACCUAGAUGGAGACGGCAUCGUCUAUCCCUGGGAGACUUACCAAGGAUUGCGGUCGGUGGGCUUCAACAUCAUCCUCUGCUUCCUAGGAUCAAUUGUCAUAAAUGCUGUUCUAAGCUACCCAAGUCUACCGGGAUGGAUACCAUCUCCUCUGUUCCCCAUAUACAUCAAAAACAUCCACAGGAACAAGCAUGGUAGCGAUUCCUCGACUUUCGACACGGAGGGGAGGUUCAUGCCGGUCAACUUCGAGGCCAUCUUCACCAAGUACGCCCGCACGGUGCCGGACAAGCUCAGCUUCAGGGAGAUGUGGAGGAUGACCGAGGCCAACCGGAUGCAGUUAACAAGCAAGGCGGAGUGGACAAUGCUCUACGUGAUCGCCAAGGACGAUGAAGGGUUCCUUCCCAGGGAGACUAUUCGCCGCUGCUUCGAUGGCAGCUUGUUCGAGUCCCUUGCCCAGCAAAGGAGGGAAGCACACCAGAAGAAGCAGUAG